AUGGCGAGGGUCGUGCUGACGUCGCCGCCGCUCGUGGGCGUCAUCUUUGGCUACCAAUUUGGCGUCUACGAGGACGUCCGAUAUUGGUUUCUCAUGACAGCGUCCUUGCAGAUAUCGCCCGAGGACGAGUACGACAUGCGCGGUGACAAGACAGCGACGCGGCGCAUUCUGGCUUGCCGCCCGGACCUCGCGUCCGCCGAAGCCGUCGUCCUCGCCUCCCACUGCGCUCGCUUCGAGCUUUUGCACCGCGAUGGCUACGUGUGCUCGUCCAACGCCAUCCGGGCUGCCAUUGGUCGCGGCCACCUCGACGGUAUCCGCUUUCUCUUUGAGCACGGGGUCGCGCCACCGCGCAACUCGAUUGAAAGAGCCGUCGGCGACAACCAGCGGGAUAUUUUGGCGUACCUUCUCACUCUGGCCGACGCCGACGUGGAUGUUGAUGCCGCACUCGCGACAGCGCUACAUCACAUACUGCUUUGCGGUAGCAAUGUGGCGAUCGUCGACAUGCUCUUAGCGUCCGGUCGCACGUCGGUACCUCCUGGUGCUGUCCUCGCGGCGCUACAGAAGAGACACCUCAACUUGGCGCGCUGCCUCCUCUCGCACGGCGGCCUCCUCGACGUUGCCUCCGUUGACGCCAAGUUUUUUGGCCUCUUCGCCAACGACAUCGCACCACUUCUCGACCUCUUGCGCGAGUUUGGUAUCGACCUUCCGACUUCUGCCAAGUCACCGUGCGCCGUUUCGGAUUCCUCACGUUAG